GGCAGCCAGGCAGGCGCCACAGAUCCAUUCAGUCAAGGCCAAGGCUUUAGUGGUGAAGGUGUUCCUCAGGGCGAGACUCCCACUCCACCCACACCGCCCUCACACACGCCCACCACCUCUUGACAAAACCUACAGUGUGCUCCAAGGUAUGUUAUGAUGAAAGCCAACGCAAUUAGAUGAUUAAUUAUGUUAGCAAGAGUAAGUUAUCAAGGCGUGGGGCUAGCCGCCGUGCUACUGCUUGGGCUACUCUGGUCCUCACAGGCUCAAGAGGGCGAUGUAGCCUCGCAAACACUGAAUUCCCAAGAACAUUUCCAGAGACUUAACUUGCCGCAAAAUACAAACGUUCAUAAUCCCCACGAGGUGACACGUAACCAAGAUCUCCCCGAAAAUGGCUCGGCGUCCCGCAGCAGUGAAGAAAUAAUAAAUAAAAUAAAAACAGCGACAUCUACUAGGCUGUCGGUAUCAUCGAAACUUGGGGUCCAGUUUUCCCAAGGGUACAUUGACUUAGGCUCCCGCGAUCCUGUGCAGGAAGGCGCUGCCACGCUAGCCUUCGUCUUUGACACCACAGGAUCCAUGUCCGACGACCUCAAACAGGUCAUCGACGGCGCUGACAAGAUUCUUAACACAGUGUUGGAAAAGUUUGAGAGGCCCAUCCAUAACUAUGUCUUCGUUCCAUUUCAUGACCCAGAGGUGGGACCCAUGACUGUCACUGCUGAUCCAGAGGAGUUCCAAGAAUCAUUGAAGAAAUCCUUUAUCUUUGGCGGUGGUGAUUGUCCUGAAAUGGCUGUCAGAGCAAUCAAGAUGGCUUUGGAAGUUAGUCUGCCAUCCUCCUACAUCUAUGUCUUCACUGAUGCUCGGGCAAAAGACUUCUACCUGUUGGAUGAUGUAUUGAGACUGAUACAGAAAAAGCAGUCACAGGUUGUGUUUGUGAUGACAGGUGAUUGUGGUAACCACACCCAUCCAGGUUAUCAAGCCUUUGAAACUAUUGCUUCCACUUCCUCAGGACAGAUUUUUCACCUAGAUAAAAGUGAUGUGAAAGAGGUCUUGAACUUUGUGCGGUUGUCAUUGGAGUCCCGGAAAGUGAACCUUUUGUCUAUUGAUCGUGAGAGUGAGGGCCCAGGUGAAGAAAACUUGCCACUCUUGGUAGAUCGAACACUCAAGCAUUUCACCAUUUCUGUCUCUGGAGAGAAACCCAAGAUUCAGAUUUAUGGUCCAGAAGGGGAGGAUGUAAGCCAAGAUAAAGGAGUAGAGAAUCUUUUGGCUCUGGAGAAUGUGAAAAUUGUUGGGGUGAAGGAACCUUCACCUGGUCGGUAUAACAUCUCGGUGGGCAGUGAGAGCAAGUACACUGUACGAGCUACAGGACUUUCUUCUCUCACUUUUGAGCACGGGUUUUCUCUUGAACCCACUAUUAAUUUCAAGGAGACUUAUCACAGACCUAUGAAAGGUGGAUCAUCGUAUGUGAUAGUUAGGCCAGUCGAUGUGACAGAGUUUGGAGAUUUAUACCGCCUGCAGAUGAUAUCGCUUGAUGGUGUUAUUCUUGAGGACUUGCCUCUUCAUCGCUUACCGGGACCAGUACCAAUCUACAAUGGUACAUCAUUUCUGGCUCCAAAUGAAUCCUUCAACAUUAAGAUCUUUGGGCGUGAUGAACAUGGUUAUCAGUUUGAAAGGAUUUCUCCAACUGCAAUAACAUCCCAACUUCCUUUUCCUCCAGAAGUGACAUCUGUUGAUCGAGUUAAUGGAUAUUUUGAUCAGCCUGCAGUGAUUACUUGUCAUGUUAAGACACUUGUACCAUUUACACUCUCCUGGCAAAAAGACGGAAUUGAACUUGAUGGCCAGAAGAGCUUCCCACAGUCUGCAGAAGUGGAAUAUGUAGUUGAGUACCCCAACCGUGAUGACGAGGGGCGUUACAGCUGUGUUGCUACUAAUGUUGCUGGCAGUGCCUCCUCAAGCAUUUUUCUUGACAUGAAAGAUAUUAUAUUCUUUGGUACAGCAAAGGCACAAGUGAUGCUGAGCUUCAUGAGCGCUCCACAGGUGACAGCGGUACAAGAGGAUGUUCUGGUGGGCAGCGGUAAUACGGUAGAGCUUUAUUGCUCAGUACAAGGAACUCCUGCUCCAACUCUCAGAUGGCUGAAGGAUAGCUUUAUAGAAGUCACCCCAAUGUCUUUCAUACAGAUUGGAGAGGACCAUCUGAGGAUUUUGGGAGUGCAGGAGAGUGAUGCUGGCAAGUACACAUGUGUGGCUGCUAAUGUGGCUGGCACUGCCGAGGCUCACAUCACACUCAAGGUUGGCUCACCACCUGUAGUGAUCCAGGCACCUGCAGACACCUCUGUGGAGAUUGGCAGCACUGGUGCAUUGUCGUGCUAUGGAGUUGGUGUCCCCGAGCCCACAAUAACCUGGAGUAAGACAGAUGGCUCGCCUCUCUCCCCUAAGUUUUCACAAGAUAGAGAUGGUAACCUUAUAGUCAAAGGUAUGCAAAUGGAAGAUGAGGGUAACUAUAUGUGUACAUUAGAUAACCAGUAUGGAAGAGAAAGACUACAAGCAACACUUUCUGUAUCAGGAUUAUUGGCACCACUGAUUGCUGCACCACCUGAUCCCAAUCUGAAGGUUACUCUUGACUCACCAGUGACUCUCCCCUGCACAGUAGUUAUAGCUAAUCCUCCUCCACAGCUUGUCUGGCUCCACGAAGGCUCACCUAUUGAUCAAGAAAGAGGAAUGUUCUUGAAAACUGAUGGUUCCUUAACCAUACCCUCUGUACGACCAUCAAAUGAGGGCACAUACCAGUGUGUUGCUACGAAUGUUGCUGGCAAUUCAUCUCUCACCUUGCAUCUCACGGUCCAAGUUCCACCACGAGCAAAGACAAACCGUUUGGAAGAAAAAGUUGUUGCCUUAGAGGGUGACUCGGUAAAACUAAAGUGUCCUGUUAGGGGUGAACCUCGGCCAACAUUCUUCUGGCGUAAGGAUGGCCAUCCUCUCUCAGAUGUGUCUCGCAGGAUGCGCAUACUGAAGAAUGGGAUUAUUAUGAUAAAACAGUUGAUGUCAGAGGAUGCUGGCACUUAUGUCUGUACUGCAGUCAAUGAGGUCGGAGCUACCAGCAUUCCUGUAGUUCUUGAAGUCCUUGUUCCUCCAACAAUUAAAGAUGAUUCUGACACAUAUACUGUGUCUGUGGGAAAGGUGGUAGACGUGCCAUGUGUGACCAGUGGAUACCCAACUCCCUCUCUCACUUGGGUGCGCUAUGACCAAGCUCUUAUGUUGGACAACACUCUUAAAGACGGCACACUCAGACUGGUGGGAUCUGUGGAGAGCGAGGGUCGCUAUGAGUGUUUGGUGACCAAUGAUGCUGGAUCGGCUAGACGAGCAGUUGUUGUUAUUUUGAGCAGGAGCCCAGAAAUCUCCCCAGCCGGUGAUGAGGUCUUGACAGUGCUGGCUGGGCAGGACCUCAAGUUACCUUGUGAGGUCAUGGGACAUCCAUCACCCUCGGUGUUUUGGAAGAGAGAUGGAAGAGAGCUAACUGCCACAGACUCUCUAAAGCCUGCCCCAGGAUACCUGCUAAUGAGUGGUGUGACCCCUGACUUAGCCGGACUCUACACUUGCACUGCCACUAAUUAUGAUGGGGAGGCCACUAAAACUUUUGCCAUAAAUGUCAACUAUGCACCUGUAGUGGAGGAAGAGCUGAAUCUGUGGCCAGAAAGAAGUGUGGUGGAAGGUGGUCACCUCUCCCUCCCAUGUAGUGCUAAUGCUUAUCCAGAGCCAACUCGAGAUUGGACCAAGGAUGGCUCCAGGCUUUUACCUGAUAAUGAUCUGACAAUUUUGAGUAGUGGUACAGUGGAAGUAACUCGAGCAUCUCCUAGCCACUCAGGCAGUUACAAGUGUACACUCACAAACCUGAUUGGCCAAGCUCACAUUGACUAUGAUGUUAAGGUUCUCAUUCCCCCGAAAGUAACAUCUGAACACCGCUUGGAGAGUCCUGUUGUCGUUGAGGGUGACGGGGUGACCAUCAACUGCCCAGUUGAUGCUGUGCCUUUGCCAACCAUCACCUGGUUCAAGGAUGGUCUCUCCAUUUUUUCAACAAAAGAUCGAGCAGAUAUGACUCACAUAAUUAUUGAAGAUAAUGGCCAAACUUUGCACAUAUUAGAAGCAACUGUUGAUGACAAAGGCAUAUAUCAAUGUGUUGCCAAGAAUGAUGCUGGGGAGACUGAACUGUUUUUUCCUCUGGAAGUGUUAGUGGCUCCCCAGUUCACUCAGUUCUUUCAUAACCCUGAAGUGAAGCUGACAGUGGGUGAGGAGCUGUAUUUGGAUUGUGAUGUCACCGGAGAUCCAGACCCCCAGGUAUUGUGGCAUCAUAAUGGAGUACCAUUGUACAUACAUGUGUUGCCCGGUGGCCGGAAAGUCUUCAUUCCACACGUGAGAGUGAGAGAUGGUGGUCUGUACACUUGUAUUGCUACAAACACAGCAGGCGCUACUCACAGGAACUUCACCAUCACAGUUCUAAUGGGUCCAAAGCUUGAGGGAGAUGGCAGGGUUGGACGUGUGGUGGAAGCAUUGGCUGGAAGUGACACUGACCUCAGAUGUGAUAUAACAGGAUCACCGACGCCGUCUGUCUUCUGGACUAAGGAUGGCAAACCUCUAACUCACUCAGCUGGACUAGAAUACACAGCAUCAGAGGCUAAUCAAGUCUUAAUGCUGCAUAGUGUAGUUCCUGCUGCUUCAGGCUUAUAUAUCUGUAAUGCCUCUAACACUGUUGGAACUGCCCAUAGGGAGUACAACCUUACUGUCAUGGUUGCUCCAUCAGUAAGACAAGUUGAUGGUGGUAAUGAUGAUGGUGCUGAUGUUGUUGAGAAAGUACAAGUGGUGAUUGGGAAGGACACUAUCUUGUACUGUAGUGUGGAUGGUACUCCUGCACCCACCAUUACUUGGAUGCAUGCUGGUCAAAUGCUCACGAUUUCUUCACGCAUUCACCUGAUAGCCCCUGACCAGUUGUUAUUAACAAAUGCCCAAGACAUGGAUUCUGGAGACUACUCUUGUCUUGCUGUAAAUCGUGCAGGAACUGCUGAGAAGCAGUUUGAUGUGCAAGUAAUUGUACCUGCCAAGAUUACAGCAGCAAGUGACUCCAGUGAUGUCUCAGAUAGUCAACCUCAUCAAGAGGUGUUGCUGGAUAUGCCUUUCUCACUCUUCUGCUCUGCCUUUGGUUCACCUCCUCUCCACAUUACUUGGACAAAGGAUGAUGCUCCACUAGUAGGCCUUUUGGGCACAGGUCUUGAUGGGCGUCUCAAUCUUGGUGAUAAUGGCCGUCGCCUCUUAGUGUCUGGGGCAAUUGUUGCUGACUCCGGCACUUAUACUUGCACAGCUGAGAAUGAAGGAGGCAGAGAUUCUGCAUCUUUUUAUGUUGAUGUUCUAGUUCCUCCCAUGAUUGUUCAAGACACUGACACCUUUUAUUCAACUGUUGAGGGUGAGGAGGUGGUUCUUCAUUGUGAGGUAGUGGGUGAUCCUCCACCAAUGUUAGUUUGGUUACACCAUGGUGUACCAUUACAGGACUUGGACUUCCCAGGUGUUGUUAUUCAAGAUGCCUUUACAAGAACAACUCAUAAUGUGACGAACUCUAAUUCAGUUGUAAGGAUCUCCUCGGUGAGUGAGGUUCAUUCUGGAUCUUACACAUGCAUAGCCAGCAGUGUGGCGGGAACUGAUGAGUUGUCUUACAUUGUGCGAGUUGCCACAGUUCCUCGUCCAGAGGAUGACAUAACCAACACACAUCUGACUGUUCGUGUUAAUCGUCCUGCAACACUCACCUGCCAAGUACAAGCCACUCCUGAGCCACAAUUCUUCUGGUUCAAGAACUCAAGUCCACUAGAAGAAGGUACUCCAAAUGUACACAUAAGUGCACAUGGAAGAGAACUGAAGUUGUUGCAAGUAACAGAAAAUGAUACAGCCAAUUUCUCAUGUUUAGCAGUCAAUGAGGCAGGUGAAAUCCUUCUCAACUUUACCCUGGAAGUUCAAGUCCCACCACGUCUGACAGAAGAGGUGAAUGAGGCAUUACAUGUAGCUUCAGGUGAAGAUGCAGAAUUCUUCUGUCCAGUUCAUGCCACACCAACACCAUCAAUUCUUUGGAUGAAGGAUGCCAGUAUCAUGCAACAAACUUUUACUGCAGUGGACCCCCGAAGGCUGUUACUGAAAAAUAUUAACAAGGAAGAUGAUGGACGCUACACAUGUCUGGCCACCAAUGAGGCUGGCACUGUUGAACAGGAUUUUACACUUCAUGUCAUAGUCCCACCACGGUUGUUGGAUUUGGACACUCCUGUUCUGGAAAAGUCAGUGGUAGUUAAUCGACAAAUUAGCAUUACGUGCUUCAUUGUUGCUGACCCUCCUCCAUCAAUCUCUUGGCUGAAGGAUGGGGAGCCACUGUCCUCUCUUAUAUCUGACAUUAGCAUUGACAAUCAAGAUCGCCAUUUGACCAUCUUACAAGCCCAGCCUGUGGACAGUGGCAACUAUACUUGUCAAGCAACCAAUGCUGCAGGCACCACCAACCUCACUACUCUACUGUCUGUUCUCACUCCACCAUCGUGGAACACUGAUUCUGACUUUGAAAAGGAAGUUGUGGGCAUAUCAAAAUUUAGUGUUGACUUGUACUGUGACGUGACAGCCACUCCUGCUCCCUCAGUGCUCUGGCUCAAGGAUGGACAGAUGUUAACUUUAACACCUGGAAAAUCUCAACUUGCACAGGAUGACAAAUUACUGCAGCUGGUUUCAUUGGAAGGCAGUGAGAGUGGGCGCUAUACAUGUGUUGCCAGCAAUGCUGCAGGUACUGCAGAAUAUGACUUUGAGUUAACUGUAUUAGCACCACCAACUCUUAUUUAUCAACCACAGACCAAACACACAGUGUUGGCAAAUCGUGCUCUAUCACUGGAGUGUCCUGUAGAGGGAGUGCCAGAGCCACAUAUUGAGUGGAUAGUGGAUGAACAGCCUGUCACAUCCUCUAGUCAGUUUAUUAGUUUAUCUGCAACUAAAACUCAGCUUUAUUUGUUCAGAGUGCAGAGCACAGCCAGUGAACAAGUUUCAUGUAUAGCAAGUAAUGCAGUGGGUGAACUGAUAACUAACUACACCAUCAAUGUACUGUCUCCUCCAUCCAUCAUUGCCACCCCUGCCAGUCGUCGUGUGAAGGUGCAAGAAGGGAAUGUCCUCAUGCUGUCCUGUAAGGCACAUGGGCAGCCAACUCCACAGGUAGCAUGGGUGACAGCAGGAGGUAAGGUGCUGAAUGACAGUGAGCUGCUUGCCUCAGGACUUGAGAUACAGGAUGAGGGCCAAUCACUUGUAUUAUUGGAAGUUAAUGGUGAGCAUGAAGGGCACUACACUUGUAUUGCCUCCAAUUCUGCUGGCUCAGCUGAAGAAACCUUCUUUGUCCAGGUCUUGUUGCCUCCUAUGAUAGAAAUACCAGAUCAAGGGACAGAACUAGAAGUAGUCCAGAGUUCUUCCAUUACUUUACCUUGUGUGGUGGAUGCUCAGCCUCCAGCAUCUAUAUCCUGGUUGAAAAAUGGCAAGGCAUUGGAGACAGGAGGAGACCCCUUUCUACACGUGAUGGGCAGUGGGGAGAGGCUGAGCUUCCUACGGGUCCUCCCACACCAUGCAGCCAAUUACACUUGUGUGGCAACCAGUGCAGCUGGGGAAGACCUCCUCACUUAUAAUAUGCGUGUCAUGGUUCCUCCAGUGAUUAUUGAGGAUGUAGUGGAGAACAUCAUAGGGGAGGGAAUUGGCAGAGAAACUGUUGGUGUGGUUGGUGGGGAGAUAAAUUUGGAAUGUUACACACUUGGGAUGCCUGCACCCACACUUAGUUGGGCUAAGGAUGAUGAGAGUGUGACACUCAGUGAACGGUUGUCAGUAUAUGAGGAUGGACAGGUGCUAAAGAUUCAAGAUGCCCAGACAGACGACUCUGGACGCUACACAUGCACAGCCACUUCUCCCUCUGGUGUGGCCUCCAGGGACUUUGUAGUCAUCAUUCACAGUCCACCUCGCAUUAUACCUCCCCCAGAGAAGAGCCUUGAUGUAGUAUUAAAUCAACCGCUAGUAUUGACUUGUGAAGCUGAGAGUUCAUUAACACCAGCUGCCUCGUGGAUUAGGCAUGGAAGACCAAUUACACCAUUCACUAACCCUAACUAUCAGGUGAGAUCUGGAGGCCAUGAGCUACAUUUGCGUCGUGUUCGCAAAGGUGAUGGUGGCCCCUUCACCUGUAUUGUUGUAAAUGCUGCUGGACAGGACACCCUCACCUACACCCUCACUGUUCAAGUACCAGCCAAGAUAGAGCGAGCUAAUGUUCAGCAACGUCUGGUGGGGGUGUUAGGAAAGAGUGCUGAGCUGAUGUGUGAAGUAUCUGGUAACCCAACACCCAGCAUUGCCUGGACCCACGACAGCACACUCAUUACCUCGGACCAUCCUCACUAUCAGAUCCUUGAUAAAGGUUCACGCCUGCGACUGCUUGAGCUGAAGCAAGAGGAUGAGGGUGUGGUCACUUGCACUGCUACCAACCCUGCUGGCCAUGAUGUUCUCAACUUCACUUUACAAGUCUUAGUCCCGCCCCAUGUACCAGAUGAUGCGGUGACAGACAUUACAGUGAAAGAGGAUGAGAGUGUUGUUCUUGUCUGCCCAGUUACCGCCACUCCUGCACCAUCAGUGGUGUGGUCAAGGGAUGGGACCAUUGUGGGUGUGAGUGGGCGUGGCAAUGUAGAUGUGGGUAGUGAUGGACACACUCUGAGGAUGGUACGGGCUGGCAGCCACAACUCUGGAGUCUAUACCUGUACUGCAUCUAAUGCUGCAGGAGUCCUAGACAUCCCUCUCACACUUAGUGUUCUUGUACCUCCACAGAUUGCUGGCACAAGGGCUGGUGCCCACCACCGGCAGGGAGAGGAAGAGUUAGUGACAGUUAUGGAGGGUGGUCAUGCAUCUCUGGAGUGCCACUUGCUGAAGGGUUCACCAGCACCCACCAGGCACUGGUUUCUUGGCCAUGACCUUCGUCAGCCUCAACACACAGUUGUUGGUGAUGGGGAGAAGUUGGUGAUCACUGGAGCCCAAGUAGAUGACUCUGGGGUGUAUCACUGUGUGGCAGAGAAUGCUGCCGGCAAGGACACCAAGGUGGUGCGUGUGGGAGUGCAGGCACCACCCAGGGUUAACAUUACAGCUCUUCCAGGCCUUGCCACUGUUCUAACUCCAGGUGGAGGUGAAGCAACACUAUUGCCUGCUAAUGGUCGGCCACGCAACUCCUCGGUGAAAACUACCUUCACUACCACACAAGACCAGACUGUCACCCUUCCCUGCCCUGUUACUGGGUCACCCACCCCACGACGACUUUGGUAUCGUGGGUCCCAGGCCCUAGUGUCUUCCCCAAGACUAGUGGUUGGCGUAGGUGGGCGGGAUAUCACCAUUGUGGGUGUGAGCCCAAGAGAUGCGGGGGCGUAUGUGUGUGUGGCUGUCAACCCUGCAGGCGAGGCACAGCUCACUACCACUCUCAUCGUUAUUGGUCGUCCUGAGCUGGAAGGUGAACCUGAAGAGGAAGUAACAGUAUUGGAAGGUCAUAGAGUUAUUCUCGAAUGUAGAGUCAAAGUUCCUUCCGUUGAAUCACAGCGAGGCCCUCACAGACGUGCACACUACAACAUCACUUGGAUAAAAAAUAACCCAGGCACAUCUUUAAUGGGCAGUCGGGCAGACAUAGAUGACUAUAAUUAUUUGGAUUAUACCAAUUUUGACACUGAGUUUGGUCAUGAUCCUCUGUUCAACAUGACAUCAAGAAGCAAUACUGACAUUGACUGGCAGAAAUGGAAAAGGCAGAAUGUAACAUUUUCCUAUGGGAUUUCCAAUGAUGGUACACAGUUAACUCUGCCAAAAGUAAUGAAAGAUGAUGAGGGGCUGUACACAUGUGAAGUUACUAAUGAAGCUGGAGUCACUAAGAGAACCUUCAGAGUUGAUGCAUUAGUUCCACCAGAUAUAGACACUGAACAAGAAGUGAAAUUUUACCAGGCAGCUGUUGGGGAACCAGUAGUGUUAGAAUGUGAUGCUACUGGAGAUCCAAUCCCAGAGGUGACCUGGUUCCGAAAUUCCAACCCAGUGAAAUCCAGCUCUCAUAUUCAGCUUCUCAAGAAUAAUCGUGUCUUCAUCAUUACUGCAGCACAGGAAGGUGAUGAUGGGGACUAUGUGUGCUUGGCAAGCAACCUGGCAGGCAUCACAGAGGAGACCUUCCAUCUGCAGGUGUUGGUGCCACCAAAAGUGUCUGGACCAGAGGAGCUGACCAUUGCAGUGGUGAGUGGGCAACCAGUCAGUUUAGAGUGUGAGGUAAGCGGGUAUCCUCAGCCUGACAUUACUUGGACCUACGAAAAUCAAGAAUUGAUUCCAGAUGACAAUGUUCUUAUAAAUAAUAACAAACUCAGUAUAGAGAGUGUGGUAGUGGAUCUGGCUGGGAAGUAUCAGUGCCAAGUUGUUAACUCAGUGGGUCAAGCUGUUAAACGCUUCACACUCCAGGUGACAGAAGCUCCAUUCAUCACUGGCAGUGGAGAUGAAGAGACAGUAACUGUCAUAGAAGGAGACUCUGCAUCUCUGCACUGUGUUGCAUCUGGCCAGCCUCCCCCUAUUAUCUCUUGGUCCAAGGAAGGUGUUGGUAUACGUGUAGAUGACAACAUGGGUGUAUCGUGGGGUGGAAGGACCCUACUUAUUCAGUAUGUAAGUCAGGAAGAUGGUGGUCGUUAUACUUGUCUGGCUUCAAAUCCUGCUGGUAACCACUCUCGGGACUUUCGCAUCCAAGUUCUUCAGGCACCACAGCUGAUAGAGGCUCCCAAGGAAGUAGUGGCAGUUUCUGGAGAGGUUGUUAGCCUUGUGUGUUCUUUUGAUGGUCACCCACAGCCUAAGAUCAGUUGGUACUUUGAAGGAGCACCAGCAGCCAUAGCUGAGAAUCUUCUGCCAUCAGGAGCUCUGCAGCAUUUUCCAGUGCGUCCAGAACAUGCUGGCAACUACACUUGUAUUGCAGACAAUGAAGCAGGCAGAGCCAACCACAGCCUCACACUCACUAUCCUUACUCCUCCAUCAGUAGAGGUGCAGAAGAAGAGGGUGGUGGUGGUGAGUGGUGAAGCAGCCACAUUACAUUGUUAUGGAAAAGGAACACCACCUCCAAUUCUUACAUGGCUUAAAGGUCAUCAGGUUAUUAAUGAAAGUCCAGAAUUUCAAGUGGGAAAGAAUGGAUCACUUUACCUACCCAAGGUCACACCGUCACUUGCAGGCACAUACAUCUGUAAUGCCCGCAGCCCUGCUGGCUCUGCUCAUGACCGAGCUGACCUUAUUGUUCAGGAACCUCCUUCAGUAGUUCCUUAUGAGGAUGAGGUGGUAGCAGUAGUUGGUCAAGAGGUUAAACUCACAUGUGAAGUGACAGGUCAGCCCGUACCUACUAUAACUUGGACACGACCUGACCUUGCUCACCAGGCCAUCACACCAGAAGAUCCACGUGUGCAGAUAUCUGGUGCAGAUUUGGUAAUCAUGCCAGUGGCAGUUGAGGACAUGGGACGCUAUGAGUGCACUGCUCACAAUCCAGCUGGUCGAACUAUGGCUCAGCUUCUCCUUACCGUUCACUCUCCACCAUCAGUACUGGAAGAACUGUCCGAGACAGUGUCUGUGAUGCGUGGAGAAAACUUGAUGCUUGGUUGUACCACCUCAGGCUACCCUCUACCCCGCACAACCUGGCUGAAGGAGGGACGCAUCCUCUCUGAGACACCUAGAGUCACUUUUGCCAUCAAUGGGGAACUUGUCAUAACUACACUGCAGCCAUCUGACUCCGGGUUAUACACCUGCCUAGUGAGCAACGCCGCAGGUCGUGUCUACCGUGAAGUGGAAGUAUUAGUAAUAGUUCCACCUCGCAUCACUGUUCUUCCUCGCACCAAUCAGGUCACCAGAGGGGAUAGGUUUGAGCUAGAAUGUGAAGCUGCAGGUGUUCCCACACCUAGCAUCAGAUGGCUCCUAAAUGGCACACAGGUAUAUGGUGUAGUUGCUUCCUCAAAUGGGCGAUCAGUUUUGGUAGUGGAACGUGCCUCUAAAACAGAUGAAGGAACGUACACUUGUCUCGCAGAAAAUGAUGCCGGACACAGGAAGGCUAUUGCUGGUAUCAGGGUCAAGGUACCUCCAGUGAUCAUGUAUGCUCCUGAGGAAAUGACAGUGUUGGAACUGAAUGCAGUAACACUAACAUGUGUUGCUGAGGGUGACCCAGCUCCAGCCACCACCUGGAUCAAAGAAGGACAUUCUGUACAUUCCUCAGACAGGGUUCACUUAAUGGAUAAUGGCUCCUUGGUGAUUGACUCAUCUCAAGCCUCUGAUGCUGGUGAGUACAAGUGUGUGGUGAGUAAUGAUGCUGGGGCAGCUGAAGCCACGGCUCACCUAGUGGUACACACACCUCCUGUCCUCACACGACCACCCAUCACUGCAGUGGUAGAGGUCGGUGGAACAGUGGUAUUUGACUGUGAAGCUGAGGGUACUCCAGCACCCACCAUUCAGUGGAGUGUCAGUCCUGGAGAGCUACACUCACGUUUCUUGCGGUUAACUAAUGGUUCUUUGCAGCUUAUAGCAGCACAGAUGGAGGACGAGGGUCACAUCAUAUGUCAAGCUUAUAAUGAACUGGGUGAGGACUUAGCAAAGGCUGACCUCUUUAUCAAAGUGUCAGGCAUGUGGAGUUCCUGGGGCCCCUGGGCACCAUGCAGUGUAUCAUGUGGUACUGGACAGCAGGAAAGGAGAAGGGUGUGCAACUCUCCAGCACCACGCCAUGGAGGCUCUUCUUGUCAAGGUGACGAAGCUCACACCCGGCCUUGCCGUCCCCAUCCUUGCCCUGUGGAUGGUAACUGGUCUCCAUGGGAGCCCUGGAGUGAGUGUAGCAUAACCUGUGGCAGUGGAGUGCGACUGAGGUCCAGAUACUGCACAGCUCCUGCCCCCUUGUAUGGUGGCCAACCAUGUGAGGGUGCUGCUGUUGAAGAGGAAGAUUGCAGACUAAGAGACUGCCCAGUGUCAGGUGAAUGGGGUCUUUGGACAUCAUGGUCUGACUGUAGUACUACUUGUGGUCAAGGACUUCGUCAGCGCACCCGUCUGUGUGACUCCCCUCCUCCUGCAGCUGGGGGAGCAGAAUGCACUGAUGAUGGGUUAGAGGUCAUGCCCUGUUCAAACCCACACUGUCUGCUUGAUGGCAACUGGGGGUCAUGGGAGUCUUGGAGUGUGUGCAGUGUUUCAUGUGGAGGAGGAAUGAGACGACGACAGCGUCAGUGUAACGACCCACCGCCUUCCAAUGGUGGUCGGUUUUGUCCUGGCUCUGACACCCUGGAAGACUAUUGCAAUCUUGACAUGUGUCCUAUUAAUGGUGGGUGGUCAUCGUGGUCAGUGUGGGGCUCGUGCACAGCGACAUGUGGAGGAGGACAACGAAGACGGUUGCGCACAUGUGACAAUCCUUCCCCAUCUCAGGAUGGUCGAGCUUGCACCGGCCCUGACACUGACACAGAGGCUUGUAAUGUACACAAAUGCCCAGUGAAUGGAGCAUGGGGAUCAUGGAGCGAGUGGACAGGAUGUAGCAUGACGUGUGGUGUUGGAGUUAAAGUGAGGAGCAGAAGAUGCAGUGCUCCUUAUCCAAGGUUUGGUGGUGCUCCCUGUCUGGGGGAAGAGCGUGAGACUGCUACCUGUGAGGGAGAUGCUUGCGAGGUGUUGCCUGUGGUGGCUCGUGGAACACUGAUGGGAGAGCUCAACGGAGAAGAUCUUGGCAUUGUUGCUCUCACUGCUAAUGUCACCACACUUGGCAUGCAGAGAACUGUCACUGCUAACAUUAGUCCUCUUGCACCAAAGCAUGGUAUGUGGCUCACUCCUCUUCUGUCAGUGGUAUCUCCUGUAUAUUGGACUUCAGCCUAUGAGGUAAAUGGAGCAGCCAAUGGGCACACUCUAACCAAGGGAUUCUUUCGGCGGGAAGCCCACGUUGCAUUUGCUACUGGUGAGACUGUCGACAUGACGCAUGUGGUGCGGGGUGUUGACUCAAAUGGAGUUUUACUGGUGGAUGUGGUAGUAACUGGCAAUGUUCCCUAUCUACCUCCAGAUUCACUGAUUACACUUCAACCUUACAAUGAGAACUAUGUACAGAUAGGUGGUGGUUCACUUUUUGCCACUUCCACUCGUACCUUUUCUAUAGGAGAAUACCACCUGCCUUAUGCCUGGAACCAAACUAUAUCUUAUGAUGCUGAACUUGGCAAUAUGCCUUACCUUGUAGAGACUUUACAUUCAAAUGGAUUGGGAUCAUUUUACAGCAAUAAUCAAGCAGAGCUCAGCCUCAUCGUUUCAUCAUCUAUAGCACCAGGAUUGCCUAGCGACUCCUGUCCCUCAGGGUUUACACUGGACCAAUCAGGACCAUACUGCAGAGAUAACGAUGAGUGUUUGACUUCUACCAGCAGGUGUUCUCAUGGUUGCUCUAACACCAUCGGCAGUUAUGCAUGUACUUGCAUCCCUGGAUACACGCUAGGCCCUGAUGGCUAUACAUGUCAAGAUGUAGAUGAAUGUUCCAUGUCAGGAGUGUGUGGUCCACGAGAACAGUGUGAUAACACCCCAGGUUCCUACACUUGUACAUACACAUGUGGCCACGGCCUCAGAAGAACACAUUCUGGCACAGCAUGUGAAGACAUCAAUGAGUGUCAGGAGCAGCCACAUGCUUGUGACCAAACAUGUCUCAAUCUUAUUGGUGGUUUCCGCUGUGAUUGCCGCCGAGGCUUCAGACUUGUUGGCCAGAGUCGCUGUGUAGAUAUUGAUGAAUGCUCACAGUUCCAUUCACCCUGUAGCCAUGGGUGUGAAAAUACAGUGGGCUCCUUCAGAUGUACAUGUCCUGAAGGACACACCCUUCUGCCUAAUGGUCGCUGCAAGGACAUCAAUGAAUGUGCCUCAUAUCUACACGACUGCCUUGAAGAACAGGAGUGUCGCAACACUGAGGGCUCCUACACCUGCAUCACUCACUGCCCUGCUGGUCUACUUCAGGCCAGCAACGGCACUUGCACAGACAUUGAUGAGUGCUCUGAAGAAAUAGCAACAUGCCAUUUCACUCAGAUCUGCACAAACACAUGGGGAUCAUAUCGGUGCUCAUGCAGUCGAGGAUUCAGUUCAUCAGGGCCUGGACAACCGUGUCUUGAUGUGGACGAGUGUCUGGCUACUCCAUCACCUUGUAACUACCAGUGUCAUAACCUGCGUGGGACGUACCAGUGUAUCUGCGCACCUGGACAACAAAGGCUGCCUGAUGGAAAAUCCUGUGUUGGGCUACAGUACGUAGAGGAGCCUCGCGCCCGGUACCCUCUCUCUCCACGUCGUCCUAGACCUGCCUUGGCUGGCUACCCAACCACAGAAUUCCAGGAGAAACUCCUUCAUAAGUUCUACGUCCAGUCUAGCUGCCCACAAGGCUUUGACUAUGAGGCUGGAGAGUGCAAAGAUGUGGAUGAGUGUGCCUUGACAGAUAGAUGCCAACACCACUGUCACAACACCGUUGGUAGUUAUGUGUGCCUCUGUCCACCUGGCUAUCGUCUCAAUACAAACCAGCGAACAUGUGAUGAUAUUGACGAGUGUCUUGACCAUGAUGUGGAAUGUGGGGAAGAUGAACUGUGCUUUAAUUUACGUGGUUCAUACAAAUGUGUUCCUACCCCUUGUCCUCCUGAGUAUGAACGAGAUAUUACCACUGGGUCAUGUAUUCUAGAUUGUCGGCAAGGUCAUUCUAGCUGCCCACCUGGGGUUAACUAUGCUCACAUCCUUGCCUUUAAGACUGCCUCUCUUCCUGCUGGUAUACAGGCUAACCAGGACCUUGUUAGACUUAUGGCAUAUGACCAGGCAGGAAACUUAGUGCGCCACACACUCUUCAACAUAAUAGAGAAUGAAACAGGUAUUCCCUUCAGAAUCCGCCUGAAGAAUGGGAAAGGCAUCUUGAGAACCCUCCAGGCGCUUACUGCUGGACGCGAGUACAGGAUGGUGGUAGAAGCAGUGUCCUAUGAUGAGAUACAACACUUUAUCAAGUACUCCACCCGAUUUAUCAUUUUCUUGCACAUCUCUGAAUACCCAUACUAAAUCAGCAGUAGAGUUGAUGGGUUAAAACCUCAGUACCCAAGCAAAGAGUACAUUACUGAAUCCAUAAGGAACUGUAGAUUUUAGCAAUAUAUAACAAGUAUAUUAUUUAUUUAGUAUAUUUCUGAAUGUAGUCUUCUUUUUUCCUAUUUAAGAUAGAAAACCAGCACCUUCUGGGUAGAGCACAGCUUGAGUAGACUAAACCAUUUUGUAUUCAAAGCCCAUCAGGCCUGAUGCCUUGCCUGAUUCACCUACUAUGCUGUUUCAGUAGUGACUUCAACACCACCAUUAACUUUUAUACUAUACAGUGCAUAUUUUUUUUCUAGUUCGCUCACCCAAAAAUUGUGGUGUAAUACAUCUAACAGGGCUUGACACUGUACAUUAGAUAGAGUACAGUAAAGUAUUGCAGUACAAUAUUACAUUAUGGUCACUGUUGUCAUAAAUCCCGUCCAGCUAAUAUCUUCACUUUAAUGACACUAAUAAUUCUUCAGCAAGUUCUAUAGGUAGAAAUGCAGUACACACAUUAAAAUGAGUAAUGAGUAGAAAUUUCCUAGUAUUAAAUAUAAGAGAACUGAUUAUUGAUUACACAAAGUAAUUUAUAACCUUAACAAGUUAAUAUCAUGUACAAAUGAUGCUUUUGUAGAGCAUCAAGCCAUUUUGCUAAGCAUUUUGUAUAUUAAUUUAAAAAGAAGUUAAAUAUUAAUAUUGUACUUGUGCUUAAUUUAAUAAAAUUUUGUUUCCUUGUA